AAUCGAAUCCCCUCAUUGAAGCGCGAUCAUCGUUUUCUUGACUUUGCCAGUUAACCCGUUACCAGAGUAAAUUCUGUAAAUAGUUCAACUGAAAUUGUUACUAUGGCAUGAAAAUGAAUCGUUGUUGAAAUUACCUCCGAGUAAAGCUAGCAGGUCUACGCCUCUUUUUUACUGUGCACAUGUAACAUUUGUAGGAUUUCCUUCACACAGUUUAAGCCGUAGUAGGUCAUGUAAACUAAGUACGUAGCUAGCUAGUUACAGUGAGUUAGAAAGCAAGGUGCUAGAUACUUCAGACGACUGCUAUCCAUCGCUACCGCUACAAGACUAUUGUCUGCCCACCCGGCUACUGAUCCUUUCAAUGGCUGCUGCAAACAAACGUACGCUAUCGGGCAUCGAAGAUGUGAGAGACAGAAAAGCAAAGGUUAUUAAAGACAGCGGUGAGAAGAGACACAUCGCAGCCCUGAUCCUGGCGAGGGGAGGCAGUAAGGGGAUCCCCUUGAAGAAUAUCAAAAUGCUCGCCGGUGUCCCCCUCAUCGGAUGGGUUCUGAGAGCUGCAGUGGACUCCAAACAGUUUGACAGUGUGUGGGUAUCAACUGACCAUGAUGACAUUGAGAAGGUAGCCAAGGCAUGGGGAGCUCAGGUUCACCGCAGGAGCCCAGAGGUGUCCAAAGACUCCUCCAGCUCUCUUGACACCAUCCAGGAAUUCGCCCGAUUAAACCCAGAGGUGGAUGUGAUCUGUCACAUCCAGGCCACGUCUCCCUGCCUGCACCCCUUCCACCUGAAGGAGGCCCUGGAGAUGAUCACCAAGCAGGGCUUCACGUCCGUCUUAUCCGUGGUCCGACUACACCACUUCCGCUGGCAGGAGGUGAAGAAAGGAGGUAGUGUAGCCACCCAGCCUCUGAACUUAGACCCGUGUAACAGGCCCCGGAGACAGGACUGGGAUGGAGAGCUGUGUGAGAACGGAUCUUUCUACAUUUAUACCAGAGCGACGAUAGAGAGAGGCCUGCAGGGGGGGAAGUGGGCUUACUAUGAGAUGCUGCCAGAGUACAGUGUGGAUAUUGAUGUGGAUAUCGACUGGCCCGUGGCAGAACAGAGAGUACUGAGGUUUGGUUACUUUGGCCUGGACAAGCCUGAGGUGGUGCGCCUGCUGCUGUGUAACGUCUCCGGCUGUCUGACUGACGGCCGCGUCCUCAUCUCUGUCUCUGGAGAGGAGAUGGUCUCAGUCAACACCAGAGAUACUAUGGGUAUCCGCAUGCUGCAGAGAGAGCGGGUGGAGGUGAUCCUGAUCUCAUCCAGUGAGGACCUCCUGACCAAGGCCCUGGCUGACAAUCUAUCCCAGAGGACAGGCUGCGAGGUCAGGCAGCUGGGCAAGGACAUCCAGGGUGAGGUCAAAGCCAUGAUGGAUGACAAGGAUCUGGACUGGAAGGAGGUCGCCUAUAUGGGUAAUGAUGCACCAGAUGUUGACUGUCUGAACCUUGCUGGGUUGAGUGCAGUACCCCGGGACGCCCCAGUGGUGGCGAUCAACGCUGCUAAAUACUCCUGCCACAGUGCUGCAGGCCUGGGGGCUGUGAGGGAGUUUUCUGAACACAUCCUGCUGCUCAAGAAAAAGGCCAAGUCUCAGAUGGAACAGGACCGCAUCCACAGAAAUACAUUCUAAAUGCUAGAAUGUGUUCUAAAGUCACAGAUUUCCAUUUUAAACUCUAGAAUGUGUUCUAAAGUCACAGAGAUCCAUUCUGAACUCUAGAAUGUAUUCUAAAGUCACAGAGAUCCAUUCUGAACUCUAGAAUGUGUUCUAAAGCAGGCAUGGGCAAACUUUUCUGCUUGAGGGCCAAACAGAUUUUUGGGGGAUUGAUUUGUUUGUCCAAAUCACUUUCUGGGCCAGAAAAAGUGCAGAUAUUUUAAAAUGUAUAGAUCCAUUAUAGGAUAUCUACUAUCUAGUUUUAGACAUUCAUGACCUGGAGUGUUGUUUUACCAAGAAUAAUAAUUUCCCGCCAAAAAAACACUCAUUCUAAACUUCACAUGUAAACUGGAAGAGUUGCCUUCUCAAUUGCAUACUCCUCGCACCCACUCUCCCUGUCUCCUUCUCUUCCCUCUGACCUUCUCCUUCAAUGGUUUUUGAGAAGGAGACAAGGACUCGAGGAAUAUGCAAUUGAGAACAUCCCCUUGUCAUUCAUUGUCAUGUAAAAAAAGGAGCUGACAAGAAAGCAGUAACAGACUGACACUCAGGACACUUGUAUUCUAAACUGCAUUCUAUCAAUCAGACAAACCCUCUGAACUCAUGCCUGGGCCAAACAUUAGGCAAAGUGACAAUAAAGGUUAUUGACAUCUCUCUACUUUA